AUCAUUUCCUUGCACACUUCCUUAAGAAAGUGGAGUGCUAAAAAAUUGAAAGUGUUUGAAAAGAAAAGGCAGUUUCCUCCUUGAUCAGGAUUGGAGAGGGGUUUUUCCAGAGUCCUGAAUUCCUUUGCUUGUAUUGGCUGAUGUCACAAGUGGAUCCGGGAAGGGAAGUCUUUAUCCACAGCUGAGCCCCUAUAUAAAUGCCCCAACACAGCAACUCCAAGACCAGACUCCCAAUCAAAGCCAUCAAACAAUAAAAGGGGGCAAAAAGUACAGAACUACAAACUACAGAAAGGACCAUAAACAGGACCACUGCAGAACAUCACUGAUAAUGGACAUUUGCAACAAGUUGCAGUUCUUUGCUUCGUUUGUUCUUAUCUCUUCAGCGCUAAACUUAUGGAGAUGCAGUGAAGGUUGGUCAUACCACUACUCAGACUCCACCAUGACAUGGCAAAAUGCCAGAAACUGGUGCAGGCAGCACUACACCGACUUGGUGGCCAUCCAGAACAAAAAUGAGAUUGCUCACCUCAACGGAAUUCUUCCAAGACGCAAUGGCUAUUACUGGAUUGGUAUUCGUAAAAUUAAUAACCAGUGGACCUGGGUGGGAACUAACAAAACACUUACUGCUGAAGCUGAAAACUGGGCAGAAAAGGAGCCCAACAACAAAGGAAAUAAUCAAGACUGUGUGGAAAUAUAUAUUCAAAGAGAGAAAGAUGAAGGUAAAUGGAAUGAUGAAUCCUGCUCAAAAUCAAAGACAGCGUUGUGCUACACGGCUUCCUGCGCGAGUGACUCCUGUGUCAGUGGUCAUGGAGAGUGUGUAGAAACCAUAAACAGUCAUACAUGCUCAUGCUUUGAAGGCUUCUAUGGAAAAGUAUGUGAAAAUGUUGUUAAAUGUGAACCAAAUGAAGUCAAUGCAUUGGAUCAUUCUAGUAAGCAGUGCUCUCAUCCUCAUGGAAACUUCGCAUAUGACUCUCAGUGUGAAUAUUCAUGUGAGGAGGGUUAUGAACUGAAGGGUUCCAGUACAACGAGAUGCAAUUUUACAGCGGAGUGGACAAGCAAACCACCAUCUUGUGAGCUUGUUCAAUGCCCACAGCUGAACAAACCACUGAAAGGUGGCAUGCAGUGUAAUCAUCCGAUGGGUCAGUUCAGCUAUCAGUCCAGCUGUGAGUUUGUGUGUGAUGAAGGAUACAAACUGCGAGACUCCAGCUCUUCUACUCUGAUCUGUGGAGCAACGGGACACUGGAAUGAUUCACAGCCCACUUGUGAAAUAAAAUGCAAAGCAAAGGAUAUCACCCCACCAGCUCAUGCUAAAGUCCACUGCACUAAUGAAGAUAUACCCUAUAAAUCUCAGUGUGAAUAUUCCUGUGAGGAGGGUUAUGAACUAAAGGGUUCAAGUACAACAACGUGCACUUCAACAACAGAGUGGUCAAGUGAACCAACAACCUGUGAACUUGUUCAGUGUCCAGCCCUUGAAAAACCUGUCAAUGGCGAUCUCAGCUGCACUUUAAGCUUUAGUUAUGGGAGUAAAUGCAGCUUCAGUUGUGGAGAAGGAUUCAUCCUCACAGGAGUUUCAGAGACCAGCUGUACAAAAACAGCAGAGUGGAGUCAGGAACCACCUCGCUGUGAAGUUGUUCAAUGCUCAGAGUUGGCCAAUCCACAGAAAGGUGGCAUGCAAUGUAAUCAUCCGAUGGGUCAGUUCAGCUAUCAGUCCAGCUGUGAGUUUGUGUGUGAUGAAGGAUACAAACUGCAGAACUCCAGCUCCUCUACGCUGAUCUGUGGAGCAACGGGACUCUGGAAUGAUUCACAGCCCACUUGUGAAAUUGUAAAAUGCAAAGCAAGGGAUCUCACCACACCAGCUAAUGCUAAGGUCCACUGCACUAAUGAAAAUAUACCCUAUGAAUCUCAGUGUGAAUAUUCCUGUGAGGAAGGUUAUGAACUAAAGGGUUCAAGUACAACAAUGUGCACUUCAACAACAGAGUGGUCAAACGAACCACCAACCUGUGAACUUGUUCAAUGCCCAGAGCUGGCCAAACCACUGGAAGGUGACAUGUAUUGUAAUCAUCCGAUGGGUCAGUUCAGCUAUCUGUCCAGCUGUACGUUUGUGUGUGAUGAAGGAUACAAUCUGCGAGACUCCAGCUCCUCCACUCUGAUCUGUGGAGCAACGGGACACUGGAAUGAUUCACAGCCCACUUGUGAAAUUGUAAAAUGCAAAGAAGAGGAUAUCACACCACCAGCUCAUGCUAAAGUCCACUGCACUAAUGAAGAUAUACCCUAUGAGUCUCAGUGUGAAUAUUCCUGUGAGGAGGGUUAUGAACUAAAGGGUUCAAGUACAACGACGUGCACUUCAACAACAGAGUGGUCAAGUGAACCAACAAUUUGUGAACUUAUUCAGUGCCCAGCCCUUGAUAAUCUUGUCAAUGGAGAUCUCAGCUGCAAUUCAAGCUUUAGUUAUGGGAGUAAAUGCAGCUUCAGUUGUGCAGAAGGAUUCAUUCUCCAGGGAGCUUCAGAGAUCAGCUGUACAAAUACAGCAGAGUGGAGUCAGAAACCACCUCACUGUGAAGCUGUGGUUUGUCCUCAACUUUCUGACCCAGCAAAUGGGUACACAAACUGUUCAUCUGAUGAACCCUUCUUUGGCACCAUCUGCAACUUCAUCUGUUUUGAUGGCCACCAGCUUGACAGUAAUGAGACAGUGAUGUGCAGCCAUGAUGGGAGAUGGUCAGGGGAAGUGGCGGUAUGUCAAGCUCAACCUGGUCCCUCUAAAUCGCUCUUCAAAGCAACAGAAGUGGCUCUUGGCGUUGCAGGAACUGUCGGCAGCUCCAGUCUGUUCUUAGUCUACUGGAUACUGAAGAAACUGAAGAGUAACGCUAACAAGUUUAAACUGAACAGCACUUUGGAUACUGUGGAUCCACCGCAGGCUUAUAAGAGCAGUAUUGACAGUCUCCUAUAGAGCAAAAGUGCUUCAAACUACACUGAUCUUAUAUGGCUGUAGUGGAAACACUUCAGAAGAUAUUCUUUAUCCAGUAUGAUGGGCAUUUUCCAUGCAGACUGCAGUCCCUAAAUUAAUGUGAUUUCUACUUCCCAAUGGAAGCAUUAUUUACUUGAGUUGAACAUAUUGUUCUUUACUGUUUAACCCUCUGAGGAUGUUUUGGGGGGGACAAGAGGAGUUCUGAAGUGCCCUGACACUUGUGCUUUUAUCAGUUUCUUAUGAACAUAUAAUUUGCUAAAGUCUAUUAACACUGUAAACAGCACAAAGUGAGCUACAAUAUUUUAGCAAUAUUUAUGUACAUGAUUGUGUUGUUGAAAAGGAAACGUUUAUGCAUGGUUGGUGAAAAUAAUAAAUGUUGAAGUCACUGAAAUAACUCCAUAAAACACAUACAUAAUUUUGUAGCCUAGAGCUUUUGCUUCAAAAUUAUGUGAUCAUAUUGUUUGUUUGUUUUCAGGAAACAAUAAAUUGAUUUAAGUCAGGGGUAUCCAGGCUCAGCCCUGGAGGACCACUGUCCUGGAGAGUUUAGCUCCAACCCAAAUUAAACACACCUGAACCAGCUAAUCAAGCUCUUAUUAGAUAUACUAGAAAUUUUCUGACAGGUGUGUUGAAGCAAGAUGGAGCUAAACUCAGCCGGAUACUAGCCCUCCAGGACCAACUUGGUACACCCCUCAAUAAAGUGAAGUUUAUUUAUAAACUAAUUUCGAGAGGAUCAUGUGCUUAUGAUUGUCCACAGCUGGUCCAGCAUUGGCUAAUACAUGAUUCACCAAUCAGAUGAUUCCUAACCUGCUAUAAAUAACCAAAAUGUCUUACCUCAGUAUCUUCGUUUUGAAGAAUCCCUCCUCCCACCCCUACUCCCCCUCCUUUCUAGAUUGGGCACUGUUGCCUUACAGCAAAAAUGUUACUGGUUAAAGUCCCAACUGAACCAGUUGACAUUUCUGUGUGGAGUUUGCUUGUUCUCCCCGUACUUGCAUGUGUUUCCCCUGGGUUCCUCCCACAGUCCUAAAUUGAACAUUCUAAAUUGGUAUCAUAGUCGAACGCUUAGUAAGCCAUAUAUCUCUCUUUAGCCAUUCCUUUAUUUGUUAUUAGCCAGAAUUAAGUUGGGGGAGUUCAUCUAGAUCUACCUGAGCUCAAACUCCCCUCUAGCUCUGUUAAUGGGAGGGAGCCCAGGGCUCGAGGAUCUUAUAAGCUCAGAGCUCUCUACAGGGACAGCAUGCCAAAUAAGCUUUUUAAUCAAUCAUCAGCUAAAUGUGAACUUCUGAAAUAUUCUAAGAAACUUUUUGGGUGGAAAGGAUCUAUGCGAGGAGAUCAUGCAGUGAUUCACACCUGAGAAGACAAAUACUUGCAUAAUGAGUUGCAUAAUGGACCAUCCAGAUAGGUAGAUAACUGAGAGGGGAGAGUCAUAAGAAAGACUGUGAGGAGGACAAAAUAAGUUUAAAAUAUUUAUAUACAUUUAUGAUGUUUUAGUUUACUGAGAAUAUCAAUAGCUUUCACACAAAAUAACUUGAUAUGCACUUUGAGUGCAGUUUAACGCUUUAUUGUGCAUAUUGUUUUGUUGUAAUUAUGAAUAGAAAUAUAGGCCCUUUACGGCUGUGUUUUUCUUAUCAGGACUAAAAAAAUGAGAGUAUUUUAAGCUCCUUUUUUGUCAUCACAUAGAAAAGUGCUAAAACACAUAUAGCCUAUACAUUUGCCAACCCCAGGGAGUGUAAUAUAUAUUUUCAUAUUAAUUCUGUGUUAAAGAAAACAUUUUUGUACUAUUUAUUUAGCAAAAACUGUAGCUGUCUGAUUACUAUUUGUAAAGUUCAAUAAAGUUUUGCUUUCAUUGA